AUGGAUUUUAAGGCCUUUGCACGUGCUGUCCAUCUGCCGGGCCAGCUCCUCAGCAUCCUUCAAGACUCCGCUCAUAUCCCCUGCUCCACAAGGCAGCUCCCCCUGCUGCUUGCCACCCUCCUCCUCUGCAGUUGGGCUGAAGAGCCCCUCCUGGGGUUCCCCAGUGCCUGCAUUUCCGCCUGCGCAGUGAGGACACUCAUCUGCAUCCUUAUUGGUCUCCCACCUGGCUCUGUGUACCCUAAACUCAGAGAUGCAAGGAUGACGGCUACUUUUCUUCUAAGCCUUAUUAAGACUUGUAAGAGUCUGGAAAAUUUGUGUUAA